AUGACAAAACUAGCGCCACGGGUUACUGUUUCAAAAUGCUCUGUUAAAUCUGCAUUUUGCCAUAUCCCUUUUCUGAUACUAUCCUUGUGUAUACUGCCAUUGCUACAACUCACGAACGCUUCGUUGUCGAGUUGCCGAUGUGUGCACUUCAAUUCCAGUGGUGUCUUUCACUCGCCAAAUUUUCCAAACUCACCCGUGCCCUCCUUGUCGGCAUUAUCAGGAUCACAGCUGCCACAUUAUUCACACCCUUGCCUACUGUACAAAUUUGUAGCUCCUGAUGGAUACAUUGUUGAAGUGACAUUCAAUUAUUUUCAACUAUCGCCACGAACUGAUAGGUUAUACGAUGCGACAACAGAUGGUCUGAUCAACGAAAAAACCGUCUACAAUGACGAAUUUUGUGCUAAGGAGAUACAAACGGGGCAAACAUUCUACUCAUAUACGAAAUAUCUGAUAUUCCUCCUGAAAUUGUCUAGUUCAUCAAAAGGCUUUCACGGUACCUACAAUCUUAUUCCGAGAGCAUAUUUUCUCUCGAACGCCACUGAAGUACAACCAUGUCGUUUCCGCGUAGAUACUUUAAACGGAAGUAUAUUUUCACCAAAUUAUCCAUAUUUUUAUCCAAGCAAUUCGAACUGUACUUAUUAUUUCGCGCCACGCCGUGGCUACGCCCUGCAGAUUUCACUUCUGUAUUUGCAUCUAAGGCGCUCCGCCUGCCAUCAGGAUUAUAUCGAUAUUUUUCAGAUGCGUCCUAAAGUAAGUUCCUUUCAUGAAAAGCUGUACUUUUUGCAAGUAACUCUUCAAAUGAUCUUUCACGUGCUUGCAUUCUCCAGCCCCAGACUGCUGCGCAUAUACAUUUCGUGGCUAAAAUAAAU